AUGGCUGGGGAGACAAACACCCUAGCCAAUGCUGGCGACAAAGUGGCGGCGCCCCUGCAGAACCAACACCACACGCCAAUUGCAGGCAUGGACUACAAUCCUGACCCAGCCUUGAACCCUGCGAACCAACACACGCAUUCACAUCAUCACCACUCUGCUCGUAUCGAUGCCGCUGGCGGCCAUGACGACGCCGUGUACACCUCAGGGACCACCAUGGACCCUUCUCUGAUCCCCGCUCAACAGCAUGGAGAUAACCACCACGCACACAGCGUCGACAAGAAGGACCCUCUCAGCCUGCCCGAGUACAGUGAUAAUGAGAAGGCCGAGGCUGGCAUGGUGAGCACUGGACGAGGCUCCGGCUCAACUGACCAUAGGCAUAGGGAAUCCGGCGGUGGAUUCAAGGGUUUCUAUAGACGAUACCGUCCAGUCUUCCACCUCGUCUACUUUCUCUUCUUUACUGGCUGGUGGAUAGCUUCUCUCAUCCUGCAUAGGGACGACAAGAAUUGGGUGGUUCCGUUUCUGCUGUGGCUUGCCAUAUCUCUGCGUCUUUUCUUUUACUACGUCCCCAGUCGAUAUCUGUCAACCGCCAUUCGUUGGGUAUGGAGCCACACUGUUCUGGUCGUUUAUGAACUGAUCCCCUCUGCUUUCCGGAUCCCUCUUGGUGCUUUUGGAGCUCUGGCAGUCAUCAUAGUUGGAAGUUUUGCUUCCGAAGAAGUUGCCGACAAUACUCGUGCCAACCGUGCAGUCAGUCUUUUCGGAUUGGCCGUCAUGCUCUUCGUCUUCUGGGCAACCAGCGCGCAUCGCAGCCGCAUCAAUUGGAGAACUGUUAUUGCCGGCAUGUUGGCCCAGUACAUCAUUGGACUCUUCGUCCUGCGAACCGGCGUCGGUUACGACAUAUUCAAGUUCAUCGCCGAUCGCGCCGGUGAUCUCUUGGGUUUUGCUCGUCAGGGUGUGGCCUUCCUGACGUCCGAAGAGACCUCCCAGACCCCAUGGUUCUUCUUCAGUGUCAUUCCUGCCAUCAUCUUCUUCAUCUCUCUGGUGCAGGUUCUAUACUACAUUGGCUUUCUUCAGUGGUUCAUCAAGAAGUUUGCCACCUUUGUGUUCUGGGCAUUGGGAGUCUCUGGCGCAGAGGCUAUUGUCGCUGCUGCUACCCCAUUCAUCGGGCAGGGAGAAUCUGCAAUGCUUGUCCGACCAUUUGUUCCUCAUAUGACCAAGGCUGAAUUGCAUCAGAUUAUGACGUGCGGUUUCGCUACCAUUUCCGGCUCCGUCCUUGUUGGUUAUAUCAAGCUUGGUUUGAACGCCGAGGCUCUGGUCUCAUCCUGUAUUAUGUCUAUUCCUGCUUCUCUGGCUAUUUCCAAGUUGCGAUACCCCGAAACCGAGGAAACCCUUACCGCUGGACGUGUCGUUAUCCCCGAUGACGACGAGCACAAGGCUGAGAACGCACUACACGCUUUUGCCAAUGGCUCCUGGCUCGGUAUCAAGAUUGGCGCAACAAUCAUCGCCUCACUACUCUGCAUCAUCGCUUUUGUUGGCCUGAUCAAUGCUCUCAUGACUUGGUGGGGCCGAUACCUCAAUAUCAAUGAUCCUACCUUGACUCUACAGACCGUUCUUGGAUAUUUACUCUACCCUGUGGCCUUCCUUUUGGGCGUUCCCCGAGACAACAAUGACAUUCUCUUGGUGGCCCGAUUGAUUGCUCAGAAAAUCAUCACCAAUGAAUACAACGGCUUCCUCGAUCUCACCAAGGACAAAACUUAUGCCGGACUGUCCCCUCGCUCUCGACUUAUUGCUACUUAUGCUCUUUGUGGCUUCGGUAACAUUGGCUCCUUGGGUAUUCAAAUUGGUAUCCUCGGGCAGCUUGCUCCGUCUCGUGGUGGCGAUGUCUCCAAGUUGGCUGUUUCGGCUCUAAUCUCUGGUGUCGUUGCUACGUUAACAUCGGCUACGGUCGCUGGUCUCGUUAUUACGACCCAGAUCACCAACUUCUCAAGCGCACCUCAGUCGUAG